GGUCCGGCCGCGGGGCAGCGCGUCGUCACGAGGAUGCUCUGCACGGACUUUACAGCACUUUGUCACAGAACGAGCAGCUUGUUUUAAUCAAUGUGUCCCUUCGCGCUUAGGUAUCUCAGACACCUGUUUCCGCGUUAACGUUUUGCUGCACGACGACGUUAUAUCCGAACAACUUUUGUGAAUACUACCAUGACCGGAGUUUUUGACAGCCUGGGUACAGAUAUGCAUUCGAACCACAUUACCUCGAACAGCUACCACAGUCUGCACAAGUCGCAGGAGUCGCCCACCCUGCCGGUGUCCACGGCCACGGACAGCAGUUACUACAACAACCAGCAGCAGCAGCAGCAGCAGCCGUACGGACAGCUGGGCUCCUAUCAGUACCACAGCGGCGGCAUGAGCAGCGUCCUGUACAACAGCAAGCCGUACGAGCUCGGCUUCACCCCCGCCUACAGCGCGUACGGCUCCUACGGCUCCAGCUCUCCUCCUCCUCCGCCGACGGAGACGGAGAAAGAGGAGAGCGAGCCCGAGGUGCGCAUGGUGAACGGCAAACCAAAGAAGGUGCGCAAGCCGAGGACCAUCUACUCGAGCUUCCAGCUGGCCGCGCUGCAGAGGCGGUUCCAGAAGACCCAGUACCUGGCCUUGCCGGAGAGAGCGGAGCUCGCAGCCUCGCUGGGCCUCACACAGACUCAGGUAAAAAUCUGGUUCCAGAACCGCCGUUCGAAGUUUAAGAAGUUGUGGAAAAGUGGAGAGAUUCCUCCGGAGCAACAUGUGGCCUCCGGCGAGUCUCCGCCCAGCAGCUCUCCGCCGUCGGCCGCUGCCUGGGACUUCCAUCCGGACCAGAGGAUGGCCGCUGUGGGCGGUGUAGGCGGUGUGGGCGGUGUGAACUCGGCCGUGGCCCCGACCGGAGGCCCUCCCGGGCCCUCGUCCCCGUCCUACCUGCCCAGCUAUUCCUGGUACUCGUCCACGAACUCUGCGCAGCUGCAGGCGCAGCCGCCAAACCCGCUGUUGCAGCACCACCAAGGUUCGGCCAUGAGCUCGGGGCCCGUCUUCUAACAGCAGAAGAGCGGAAAGGGCAUCGAACCUGCCGGGCGGGGGGUCCCACGUGGAUGUCAGAUCUGUAAAAUAAUAAAUAAUGAUCAUUUUAAAGGACACGUGUGAAAAAUCCAUCUCGGCUUGCUGUUGGUGCCAGUUUUCUCUGCGAACCUUACCCAUUUUUUUAGAAAACCCGUCUAGAAGUGUUUUGUAAUGUCUUACGGACGAAUAAGCGGACUUUUUAAAUUAUAUUUUUUAUGUGUUUAUUUAUUUUAUUUGUUCUGGGGACGACAAUAGGGACAAUGCACAUUUAAAGACCACUAAUAGCCAAAGCAAGGACAGAGUAUUUUAUGCCAGGCAGUUCACGGGUGGAAGUAUUUUGUUGGCAACUCAAGUGAAAUUGUUUUGCAGCAGGAAAUGAAUAAAUUUUCGAGUAUGUAGCAGACUUAAAACUGUAUCGGUGCCUUUUGAAAAAAAAAAAAAAAAAUGACCUCAAAUUUUGUUGAACAAAAAAUGUUUUGUAUGUACCUGAGCUAUUUUCUUUAUCUCUAUGUUCUGUAUCUGUAUAUAAGGUAAGUGGAAUAUAUUGAAGUUAGGUCGUAUUGAAUGUGUUGGAUUUGGAUU